ACAAGUGACUUUUGGUUUCACUUUGAUCACUAAAAUGAUGGGAGGCCAAAUGCAGAAGGAAGAAUUUCCGCUAACCGAAGUACCCAAGGAAAUUUUUGAAAAUAUUCUGUCGUUUCUUCCUGGAAAAGAUCUUCUCCUUGUGUGCAGUAGGGUAAACAAAGAGUGGAAAACUGUCAUUGAAUCUCAGAGUUUGUGGCACUUAAAAUGCCAGAGAUUGCAGAUACUGUUUGCAGAUCUCCUCCAUAAUCAUGAUGGACCAUUUGACUUCAAAAAGUAUUAUUUUAAAAAUCCUUAUACCAGAAAUCUAUUGAAGAACUCAAAAGCUUUAGAAGGAGUGAAGCACUGGUCGCUGACACCUCUUGGUGAUUACUAUCGUAAUGAGACAAUGUUCAUUAAAGAAGAUCAACCACAUGGUUCCGAUCCGUUACACAAGUUUAUAGGAAAUAAUUUUGGAGACAUACAGAAUUGGGUGACAUCCUACAUAUACUCUUCUAGAGAACAGAUGAUUGAUCUGAUUGCUGAAGGUUGUCAUAGCCAUAUUUUAGACCAUGUUAGACCGCCUAUUGUCAUCUCAGAAUGGUAUGCAGCAAGGUUUGAUUGUGGAUCAGAAUUUGAUAUGGAAGUGAAAAUGUUUGCUGAAAACAAGGAAGAAUUAUUAGAUAGUCAUCAAUUCAACUGCAAUUUAAAUGCUGGAAGACAAUGGUUUCAGAUCAAACAUGUUUUUAAUGCUUACCCACCAGGUGUUCGAUAUAUCCACUAUCGCCAUGCAGGGAAAGACAGGAAAUUUUGGGCUGGACAUUAUGGUGUCAAGAUGGCUCUACCUACAGUGCAAUUUGAAAUGAAUAAUCUGUGAUAGACAAGAUGUUUUGUUUUAACUUUAUAUUACUUCCCAUGUACAACAAUGUUUAUAUCAGUUCAAAUUUUGCAAUACAUCUAAUUCUAUUUAUUAUAUUGUUAAAACUAUAUGUUAUAUAAAUGUUCUCAAAGAGAAGUAUUGUACUUAUGAAAUGCACAUAUAGUUGGAUAACUUAGUAUUGAUGACAGAACCAUGAUACUUUCUUUUUAAUUUAUUCACAACUUUUACAAACUUAGGCCUGUAUGUAGACCUGUAUAUACUUUUGCUUACGUUUUUUUGGAGUUUCUGUCUUAUUGAUGUUAACCCCAAAUCUCCAUUAUUCAUAUUGAAUAAAACAAGAAAAUGAAAAAAGUAUAGACUAUUUUACAAAAAUAAAAAUGUUAGAACAAUACCAACAAAAGAAUAACAUUAGAGAUGUACAAGUCAUUAUGACAUACAGUAUAUCAAAGGUUAUAUUAACUGACUCCCUAACCAGAUUUUGAAUGAAAGAUUGUGAUAUAAGUUAGACAAGACAUUAUUUUCUGUUCAAUU